GCCCUUGUAUCUUAUCCCCGUCUCCUCCUAUCCUCCCUCACGAGCCCCGGUGACCACGCCGGCGCCGGCGGUGGCUUGCCGGCUUCCGGUCGAAGGAUUCCUUCGAUGGCUUCGCCGUCUGCGCCACCCUCUCUGCUCUUCCGCCUCCGCCCGAUGCCAUGCGGCGGCGGCGGGUCGCUGCGCGUCCUAUCCAAGCGGAGGCUGCGCCAGUUUCUCUCGCCAAGAACCGGUCGCCGUCGGGUGGUGGAGGAGCUGUUAAUGCGGCUGCCGGAAGCUGGACGGAGGAGAGGUUGCGGAGGAUUCGCUUGCUUCUGCUCCCUCGAUGACAGGAACGAUCCGCCCGCGCUUCCUCCUGAUAAUAAGAAAAUUUUGGAUGAGUGGCCUGUCCUUCGCCGGUGGGAUGUGCCGUGGGAGUGGCCAACCAUUUCGCUCACGAUGGUGGCAUGUGCAGUAAGCUUUCUUCUCACAGGAAUGGUUGAGCAGGCUGUUCUGGAGUAUACAGGUUUUCAAGCUGGGGAUGCAACUAUAGAUGAGAAGGCUGAAGUACUAUUUUUCGGGCAAUUUAUUGUGACAGCAGUUGUGCUUGGAGUUAUAUUUGGCAUCACCAAUACCUUCCGGCCAUUCUCAGACGAUGUAUUUCGUUACGAUUUGAAAGAGCCAUUUAAGCUUGAAAAUGGUUGGCUACUGUGGGCUGGAGUUGGCCUCUUUGGUGCAAUAAUUUCUAUUUCUUUAGCAGGAGCUGCAAUGUCCUUUCUGGGUGGUGAAACUCCAGAGCGAGGGACUGACUCAUUGGUCCUUCUAUUGCCACUGAUUGGCUCAUCUAAUAUGAGCACUGCCUGUUUGCUGGGCAUCACCGGGGUUCUGGCACCAAUUCUAGAAGAAACUGUGUUUCGAGGAUUUCUAAUGGUGUCCUUGACUAUGUGGUUUUCUACUCCAAUUUCUGUCCUUAUCACUGCUUCAGUGUUUGCAUUUGCUCACCUUACACCUGGAGAAUUUCCGCAACUAUUUGUGCUUGGUGUUGUACUUGGAUUCUCAUAUGCUCAAAGUCGCAAUCUUCUCACUCCUAUUGUUAUACAUGCUAUGUGGAACUCUGGAGUAAUAUUGUUGCUAACAUUUCUUCAGUUGCAGGGAUACAAUAUCAAGGAGCUGUUGUCGGCAUCUUGAAGGUUUCAGUUAUUUAGACUAGUUUUAGAUUGUGCUCCCUUGUGUACUUUUUGGCCGAGCCGUUCCAAAGUAGGACGGCUAGACUAUCAUUAAGGGAUGGGAGGAAAAAAUACAGAUAAAAUUACACGGCAGCAGGGUGCCGAAGAACAGAAUGAAAAGGAAGAAAAAAAAGAAACAGCAGACCAGCUAUCUAUCCAUUGUCGUAAAAAAAUUUAAAAAAUCCUACUGCUUUCCAAA